AUACACGUAAUGUAGAUUAUUUACUUUUCACGCGUUAUGAACUGCCCGCAUUAAUGUCCAAUCUUGAUUUGAAUCAUGCUUGAAUUAAUUGAAUUGCAUUCGUUCAACAUCGAUUAAGCCUUGACAUGAUUCUUCUUCGGUUACAUCACAGAUACAUCAUUUUAAAAGAAGGCAACGGAACGCUGUUAGCGUUAGUCGGUUCAUCGAAAUCGAAGUGUCGGUGCGAGCAGACGUCGGUGCGGACGGCUCAGGCCAGGAUUGCAAGCACGUGUGAAUUCGCAUGACGAUCGCGGUCGUGUUGAGGCGACCACGUUCGCUCAAAUGAACAAAAAUGAAUCGAUGAGCAGAUACGGGCCUCUCGUUGGUGCGAUCGACGAGGGGACGAGCAGCGCGAGAUUCCUGGUUUUUGCAGCAGAUACAGCAGAAGUCUUAACAUAUCAUCAAGUUUCGAUAUCACAAACAUGCCCAAAAGAGGGAUGGGUUGAACAAGAUGCUUUGGAAAUAUUGAGGGCAGUCAGAGAAUGCCUCAAACAAACUGUAUUUAACUUGAGGCAGCUGACGAUAGAUCCAGCUGAUAUAGUUGCGAUUGGUAUAACAAAUCAGAGAGAAACUACAGUUGUAUGGGAUUCUAUAACAGGAGAACCACUUUACAAUGCCAUAGUAUGGAUGGAUAUGAGAACUGCGCCAAUUGUAGAUGAUAUAUUGAAGGGUAUACGCAACAAAAAUAAAAAUUAUUUGAAACCACUUUGCGGUCUGCCAAUUAGUCCAUACUUUAGUGCGUUAAAAUUGAAAUGGCUGUUAAAGAAUGUACCUCGGGUUCAAGAAGCGUUAGCUGCCAAACGUCUCAUGUUCGGUACCAUUGAUUCCUGGCUGAUCUGGAAUCUAACUGGUGGUGCCAAUGGUGGUGUUCAUAGUACAGAUGUCACAAAUGCUUCAAGAACAAUGUUAAUGAAUAUUGUGACGUUGAAGUGGGAUCCCACUUUAUUGUCAUUUUUUAAAAUACCUCCUGAAAUUUUACCUCAAAUACGGAGUUCCUCUGAGAUUUAUGGUUAUAUACAAGAUGAAUUGCUGCAAGGUGUUCCUAUAUCAGGGUGCUUAGGCGAUCAACAAUCAGCCUUAGUAGGCCAAAUGUGUCUACAGCAAGGACAGGCAAAAAGUACUUAUGGCACUGGCUGCUUUCUUCUUUAUAAUACUGGCACAGCUAUUGUGGAUUCAUCCCACGGUUUAUUAACGACAGUUGCUUAUCAAUUGGGAGCACACGCUUCUCCAGUGUAUGCUCUUGAAGGAUCUGUAGCUAUCGCAGGUGCCGUUAUACAGUGGUUGAAAGAUAAUCUUGAAAUACUAACCGAUAUAAAAGACUGUGAAACUAUUAUCGAACAAAUAUCCGCGGGCAAUCGUAUUGUUUUUGUUCCAGCAUUUGCUGGAUUGUAUGCUCCAUACUGGAGGAAAGAUGCGCGAAGUGUCAUAUGUGGUAUUAGUGAAGAUACUACUAGCGCACAUAUUGUAAAGGCAGCUCUGCAAGCAGUAUGUUUCCAGACGAGAGACAUUUUAGAAGCUAUGAAGGCAGACACUGGUUUGGUGCUGUCAAAGCUAUUAGUUGAUGGUGCGAUGACCAACAAUGAUUUAUUGAUGCAAAUGCAAGCAGAUAUAUGUGGAAUUCCAGUUGUUAGACCAUUGAUGUGUGAAACUACUGCACUUGGAGUCGCAAUUGCUGCUGGUAGCGCGGAAGGAAUACGGAAGUGGGACGUGAAGAUUGAUACUGCUGUUCCUAGUGAUAUCUUUCUACCAUCCAUAACUGAGAAUGAACGUGAUAUUUUGUAUUCUCAGUGGAAAAUUGGUAUUGAUAAAAGCUUAGGUUGGGAGCCAGAAACAAAUGAUAUUUCAGUUACAGAUGAUGCAGAAGGUAUACAUAAAGCUACCGCGCCUGGUGUAUUCAUAAUUGGCACCAUAAUACUGCUUAUGGUUGCUAAGUAUAGAUCUACUUUACAAUAAGUUUAUAUAUGCAGUAUUGUAUACUGCAUAUUGCAUUUAGACAAAAUUCGCUUAUUAAUACAACAUAAACAGUAAAUAUAUGUUCGCCAUAAGUAUGACGCGUUUAUUAUUUAUGUGUAUUAUAGUGUUAUUUAUAAAUUGAAAGAAAGUCAAAAAUAAAAGUGCCAUGAUAUCAUAAAA